CAGUCGGCAGCCAUUUGUACGCAACCGAAAUCGGAGAGCACAUCGAGAUCCAGCAUCCAGCAUCAUCCGAAGCGAUCGAGAGCACAUGAAUCGUGUCAAUUUCGAGGAAUAUUGAAAUUCCAGUGUGUCUCAAUCACGACACGUGUUUUACGAUGCAACGGGACACGAUGAUGCAGAUGAGCACCCGCGCGAUUACUUUCACACAUGCACAAGGUACUAUGACAGUUCCCGGCGAAUUCCUCGAAUUGUAAAGUAAACACAAAAUCGUGAGCGCGGCCGAAGAAGGAUGUACCCGACGCUGUCGCUUCGGCAACGCGCUCGCGAGUGGCAAGGCAAGCCAACGCAGUGGUGAACAAGUGGGCCCUGCAGAGAGUCAGCGCGCGUUCACCAUCCCUCACCACCCCCACUCUUCGAUCGUUAUAUGUCCGAUAUGUCGGUGCAUCUGUGGAGCUGCGCUCAUCAUCAUCACCACUACUGCUGAACUCUUUAACACGGGUAAUCCAUCGUACUACCUCCCCUUCGUCUUCCGCGAGCACAUCCGCUGGCGGUGCUUUUUGCAACGGGCUGCUGACUGUUGGGUGCGUGGGCGGCUCAUUGCCGGCCAGUCGCGGCUACGUAUAUGCACGCGACUGCAUCAUUACGACUUUAGUAGGGUCCGGCCACUGCCCUUCGCAACAUUACACCUAGUCGUAGUCGGCAAGCAGUGCACGAGCGCUGAUCGUGACACUUCGUAUUAUCGACUGAAGAAGGUGGAGAACGGGGGGAAGAAAAGGGCACAACACGCGGCGAACGCGACGGGGCUACCUGUGAUACGCACCGUGUUCCAACGUGAGACGAUAGGGUGUUGGCUGCUUCGCGGGGACGCUUUCAAGCGCGUGCGGCGAUCGUUUCGUAACAACGACGCGCUGAAUCCGCUGAAAUGUGAAGGUGUCCUCAUCGAGAGUGCGAAUAAAAUUCGUGCGUAAUCGUACGCACGUCCAUGUAACACGCGCCUGUACACACCUCUCUCUCUCUCCAUCGACGAGGAGAUUCGCCGUCCACGCGGGAGACCAACGAAGCAACUUUCGCUUUUAUCUCGUUUACCGCAAAGCGGCAGAGAGUUGCCGCGUUUCCUCGUGUCGGAGAGUCGGAGAGUGUCAGCUUGACGUGACGUACGCAGCCACACCUGCGCGAGAGCAUCUAUCGCGUGGUCUCGCACGCGCCAAGAAUGGCGUCCCCAGGACGCGUUGGCGUUUGUUGUUGCUUCUAUGUUCUAUUGCUGAACAUCGUCGCGUUUGCCCAGGACCCUGUCUCGUACGGCAGCCGAUAUUACAAUCGUGACGGUGUAUACGUACCGCAAAACGGCUAUAAGACUUAUUUAUAUAAGGACCGAAGAUACGGCUAUCAGCCCAGUUACCUGGACCCUGCUUACAGAGGACCUACGAGGGCACCUGAAGAUCGAUAUCUUUACGAUGAUACAACACCAAGACUCCCAUUACCAGGAAUAUUGGGUGGCUGGCGUGAAGAUCUUCAAGGAAAAGAAAGGCCAGACUCUAAAAACUUCAGAGACAGAGACGUGAUUGUGAAUACAAAUUAUGGUCAAGUUCAAGGCUUCAAAGUUCAGUUGUACGACGAUCCCUUUGCAAGACAUAGACCUUGGAAUGUGGCAGUGGAAAGAGUUACACAAAUUGUCAAUGUAUUUUUGGGUAUUCCUUAUGCUAUGCCACCUAUCAAAGAAGGCCGCUUUAAACCUCCUAGACCACACAGAGGCUGGCAGCUUUUACAAGCUGUUGAUUGGGGACCAGCUUGUCCCCAGCCUAGCGAAUAUACUGGUGCUACAAAAGGAGUGCGAGAUGUUGAUGAAGAUUGCUUAUAUUUAAAUAUAUUUACACCUUCUGUUGGUUCUGGAUUAGCAAAUAAAUAUGCAGUAAUGUUCUAUAUACAUGGUGGCGAGUUUAUGCAUGGAGCCAGUAAUUUGUUUCCAGCUCACAUACUAGCUGCCUUCUACAAUGUUGUAGUAGUAUCAAUUAAUUAUCGCCUUGGUGCACUUGGAUUUUUAAGUACUGGAGAUGAGAAUAGCCCUGGAAAUUAUGGAAUUCUUGAUCAAGCUAUGGCAUUACGUUGGGUGUAUGAUAAUAUAGACUUUAAUGGAAAUCCUGAAUCUAUCACACUCUUUGGACCAGGUGCUGGAGCAGCAAGUGCAGGAUUAUUAAUGGUUGCACCUAGAACUCGACAUAUGGUAUCAAAAGUAAUAGCGCAGUCGGGUUCAGCCUUAGCCGAUUGGGCAGUGAUAAUAGACAAGUAUCGAGCACAAAAUACAUCUCGGGUGUAUGCAGAAACGCUCGGUUGUAGUAUAGAGAGCAGUUGGAAAUUAGUGCAGUGUCUAAAGGACGGACGUAGUUUUCUCGAAUUAGGAAAUUCUGAAUUAAAACCACAUGUUGGAAUGUUUCCAUGGGCACCUGUAUUAGAUUUCAAUUUUACAAUUCCGCAAGAUAAUUGGUAUGAGGAGUGGAGAGCAUCUGACUGGCGUUUUUUUGCAGAAACACCAGAAGAAAGUAUUAAAGCCCGUAAAUAUAGGAGGGAUUUAGCUUAUAUGGCUGGUGUAACGACUCAAGAAGCAGCAUUUAUUAUAAAGAAUAAUAUUACAUUAGCGAGAAAUCAAUAUAUAAUAACUCCUGAAAUAUUCGAUCAAAAAGUUUGGGAAUUAGUUCUGCGGUAUAAUUACACUCUGAAUCAACAAGGUGUUUAUGAAGCAAUAAAGUAUAUGUAUACAUAUUGGCCAGAUCCAACAAAUGUUACACACGUACGUGAUCAAUAUGUAAAUCUUUUAUCAGAUUUCCAUUAUGUUGCACCAUACGAUCAAAUAGCAAAACUCUUAGUGGAAAGACAUGUACCGACCUAUCUGUAUGUUCUAAAUACUUCAAUAGAAGCACUCAAUUCACCAGAAUGGGCUAGAGUACCCCAUGAUACAGCUUUGUGGCUAACAGGAGCACCAUUUAUGGAUUCUGAAAUUUUCCCGCAAAAAUGGAAAUUAAGUCGAGAUAUGUGGACUGAUAACGAUCGUAACAUGAGUCACUUUUUCAUGAAAGCAUAUUCUAAUUUUGCAACAUAUGGAAAUCCAACACCUUCGCAAAUUUUGGGAUUGCAUUUUGAUCUCGCUCGUCAUGGACAAUUACGAUAUCUUAAUAUCAAUACAACAUUUAAUAGCUCUAUUCAAAUCAACUAUCGUCAAACGGAGAGUGCGUUCUGGUCCAUGUAUCUGCCCACCGUAAUUGGUUAUCUCGUCCCUACAUAUCCUCCUGUUACUGAAUAUUGGUGGGAACCCAAACAGCCGCUACAAAUCGCAUUUUGGUCAAUGUCAACGGCAUGCCUGCUGUUACUCGUACUCUCUGUGGUAUGCUGUAUGCUUUGGCGUAACGCCAAAAGACAAUCUGAUCACUACUAUAGCGGGGACAUCUUGAUGGUACGAGAGGAUGAACAUUCCGAGGGAAUCGAGAAUAUAACACGCACAUCUAAAGAAAAUAUAUACGAAUAUCGUGAUGUACCAGUAAAGUCCAGAAUACCACGUCAAAACGAAGGAAGAUUACAAGAACGUUUAGCACAUAACAGAAAAUUUAGUUCUACACCCUCACUGCGUAGCAAUUCUAAUGUCUCAUUGAAAGAUAUGCGAUCAGAAGGCUUUGUUACAAGCUCGCCUAAUGGUCAGCCUAAACUAACGAAAACAAUGAGUCAAUCUGCACUGCCGAAAGCUAAAAGUAGGACUCUUUUAGUACAGGGAGUUCCACAAACAGCCGUUUAAUUGUUAUGUUACCAUUGUACAAUUCAAAUCAACAAUUGUUAAUUUAUUUUUUAUAUCUAGAUUUUUUAAUCGUAUUAUUUUUGAAAAGAUAUUGCCAUAAAAUUAAGUUAAAUUUCUUAAGAGAAUUUUACACAGUUCUAAAAAUUGUGUGAGAUAAUUUAAUAGACAUAUAUAAAUUGCAAACAAUUGAUGCUACUUUUAUAAA